AGAGUUCCGUUCCUAGCCAAACGGGCACCGUUUUGGAAGAGGGGUAUGAAAACAACUUUUCGAGGAGGCAACCGCAGACUUCAUCCUUGGACGCUACCCUUAGGGUUAGAAAGCAAAAAGCACCUGCAGAAGUUCUCUACAGAGGAGGAAACAUUACUGGAAGUGAAAAUCGACGAGGAAAUCACCAUGAGGACAACUCUUUCUUCUAUCCGGGUAGUACUAUCUAAAACCAUGAGUAGCUAAGCACUCUGAUUGUUUGAAUUAUGUAAAACCUAUGGGAUAUAGACGUUUGUGUCUGUUAGGCAAGAGUUGCAUCCCUUUGUGGUGUAACUCUUGAGAUUAUAGUCAAAGAAAGGCGAGACACAUAUAUAAUCGAAACGGAGAGACACAUGAUUUACGUGGUAUCCUCGACGUAUGAUUGUCGAGACUAAUCCACGGCACAAGGCAGUUUGGUGUUUCUUCUUAUCUCAAGAAUAACGUACAUGUUAUAUAUAUACAUCAUUUCAGCAAACCCUAGCAGUGAGGAGGAAGAUGAGAAUCGGCCUAGGGUUAGUGUCCAUGACCUACGUACACAAUCACGUGAGUACAUGGGCCGGCACGUUAGUGAGUGCAUGGCCCAUAAGCCCAUCACUUCAGCAGCCUACCCAAAAUUGAUGGAGAUCUCGCAUCAUCAAUUUGCCAGUGAGAAAAGAGUGACAAGCAGCAGUGAAGGCCUUAGUAAGGAGAUCAGCAAUCUGAUCCUCAGACGUGAUAUGAAAGACUUGAAUCGUGCCAUCAUUAACAAGAUCGCGGAUAUAGUGAACAUGUACCUCAAUGUGUUUAGUACGAUCAUGAAGGACAAGAAUAGUAGCAAUCCUAAUUGCACUCGUAUCAUUCCUUAUGAAGCCUUGUCAGUUGACAAACCUUACGUAGAAAGUUGGGCCAAAUUUGUACGUAAAAAUAUUAUUCUUGUUGGUAGUAAUUGAACCCUUCCUAAUUUGACAGGCCUUGCCAUUUCAAAUUAGAUUUUCGUUAAGCCUCAGUUUAAUUGUUGUUGUAAGAAUACAAACAAACAUAUUCCUAGACAUAUCAACCUUUCCAAACCCGAGUCUCUUAAGGAGCCCUUCUAGUGUGCUCUAUAGCACCCAUGCUAUAAAAAAAAAAAAAAAGGUGACCUGUUGAGGAGGUAAACCCACUAAAUGACUGGUCCCACAUCAUUAAUGGCAAUCUUGUAAAUAAUGAAUCAAUGUAUACAAGUGUAGGUACAAAUUAGAAUUGUACCAUAUCGUAUAGGUACAAGUUUCAGCUGUACCAUUGAAGAAUUUGUUUCACAAAGUGUAGGUACAACUUAAACUUGUACCAUUAGUAUAGGUACAAUUUUGAGUUGUACCAUAAAGGGAUUUGUUAGAAAGUGUAGGUACAACUUAAAGUUGUACCAUGGUAUAGGUACAAGUUUGGGUUGUAUCAUAAAAGAAUUUUGAGAAAGUGUAGGUACAACUUAAGGUUGUACCAUUAGUAUAGGUACAAUUUUUAGUUGUACCAUAAAGGGAUUUGUUAGAAAGUGUAGGUACAACUUAAAGAUGUACCAUGGUAUAGGUACAAGUUUGGGUUGUACCAUAGAAGGAUUUUUAGAAAGUGUAAGUACAACUUAAAGUUGUACCAUGGUAUAGGUACAAGUUUGGAUUGUGCCAUAGAAGGAUUUUGAGAAAGUGUAGGUACAACUUAAGGUUGUACCAUUAGUAUAGGUACAAUUUUGAGUUGUACCAUUAGUAUAGGUACAAUUUUGAGUUGUACCAUAAAGAGAUUUAUUAGAAAGUGUAGGUACAAUUUAAAGUUGUACCAUUAGUAUAGGUACAAUUUUGAGUUGUAUCAUAAAAGGAUUUGUUAGAAAGUGUAGGUACAACUUAAAGUUGUACCAUGGUAUAGGUACAAGUUUGGGUUGUACCAUAAAAGAAUUUUGAGAAAGUGUAGGUACAACUUAAGGUUGUACCAUUAGUAUAGGUACAAUUUUUAGCUGUACCAUAAAGGGAUUUGUUAGAAAGUGUAGGUACAACUUAAAGUUGUACCAUGGUAUAGGUGCAAGUUUGGGUUGUACCAUAGAAGGAUUUGGAGAAAGUGUAGGUACAACUUUUAGUUGUACCAUUAGUAUAGGUACAAUUUUGAGUUGUACCAUAAAGGGAUUUAUUAGAAAGUGUAGGUACAACUUAAAGUUGUACCAUGGUAUAGGUACAAGUUUGGGUUGUACCAUAGAAGGAUUUUUAGAAAGUGUAGGUACAAAUUAAAGUUGUACCAUGGUAUAGGUACAAGUUUGGGUUGUAACAUAAAAGAAUUUUGAGAAAGUGUAGGUACAACUUAAGGUUGUACCAUUAGUAUAGGUACAAUUUUUAGUUGUACCAUAAAGGGAUUUGUUAGAA